ACACACAGUGACUCACCGGUCCACGACCACUCAGCGUCCUCUAGGCUCUAACUACCUCUCCUGCGCCUCCCAGCCACCAGUCAUCCUUGCGACAGCAUUCCAGUCGAGGUAAUCGUGUCAAUGAUCAAGAUUAGCGUGCAGCCGCUAUCCAACGCACCGUGGUGGGAUUUCGACCUGGUAAAACGGGAGAAGAACAUGAAACUGACGCCAGGUGACCGGUAAACCAGUCCGAUUAUGGCGGAGAGCCGGUAUAAAAGCAGAACAGGCGUGUGUCAGAGCACAGUGCAGCACUUUCGAGCAUCUCUGUCGCUUGCUUUCCUCGGACCUCCGACCAACCCAACAUGAAACUGUUCGUUCUGUUCGCCCUGGUGGCCGUGGCUGCCUGCCAGUACGUGCCUGGCAGCGACAAGGAGGCCCAGAUCCUGAAAAACGAAUUCGAGCAGGCCAUCGACAACAGCUACCGCAGUGACGUCGAAACCACCAACGGCAUCGUCCAACAGGCGGCUGGCGAGAGCAUCCCGGGCCCCGAGCCGGAGACGGGCACCUCUCGCCAGAAGGGCAGCUACCAGUACGUCACCCCCGAGGGCCAGACGAUCCGCGUCGACUGGGAGGCCGACGAAUUCGGCUACCGCGCCGUCUCCGACGCCAUCCCCAAGGCGCCGCUUCUGUAGAAGAAAAGAACCCACCAAUUGCCGACUUUUUGAAGAUGAAGUGUUUCACCGUGCCUCAGACUUGUGAAGUGAAAUUUGCCGACGCGCGUGCGUAUUCGUGAGUCAUAAAAGAUCGUUCAGCUAUCGACAAACAAACGAUAAUGGAACGGUUGAUGAACGCGAAUUAAACGGCGCACGUGCUGCGAUCCAUCAGGGACCUUACGAUCUGCGCAGACUGGAUGCACAGUGGAUGCUUUGUGGAUAACAAAAUGGACAAUAUCAUCAUUGUGCUGCACUGUCUGACAAAUACACAUACUUGUUCCUAA